CCCAGAGAAUAAUCAAAAAACCACUUUUAGAAAACCAAAAACGUGCGGAUAUAAUAAGGGCGCCCUCUGCUCCGCCUAACCAUUUCUACUUCCACCUCUCCUCCAUCAAACCUCAAGAUCCCCCUCCUUCUCAUCAACUCUGGUAAUGGCUCUUUCAAAGUUCCUUUCUCGAUCCAGCAAUCUCCUACGGUCCACCGCGUCCGCUUUCUCCUCCACCCCUUCGCUAUGCCGUCCGAUCUCCACCGAUACCUCACCGCUCACCAUUGAGACUUCCGUACCCUUCACCUCUCACCAGUGCGAGCCUCCCUCACGCGCCGUCGAGACAUCCGCGAAGGAGCUACUCACCUUCUUCCGAGACAUGGCUUUGAUGCGUCGUAUGGAGAUCGCUGCGGACUCGCUUUACAAGGCCAAACUGAUCCGUGGAUUCUGUCAUCUCUACGAUGGACAGGAGGCCGUCGCUAUCGGCAUGGAGGCCGCGAUUACUAAAAAAGACUGCAUCAUCACGGCAUACCGUGAUCACUGCACGUUCCUGGGCCGCGGAGGGACCCUGCUGGAGGUAUUCGGGGAGCUUAUGGGGAGGAAGGCGGGGUGCUCAAAGGGAAAAGGUGGUUCCAUGCAUUUCUACAAGAAGGACGCUUCGUUUUAUGGAGGUCACGGCAUCGUCGGGGCUCAGGUUCCGCUGGGAUGCGGGUUGGCUUUCGCACAGAAGUAUUCCAAGGAUGAGACCGUGACUUUUGCCUUAUACGGUGAUGGUGCCGCAAACCAGGGGCAGUUAUUCGAAGCACUGAAUAUUGCCGCUCUCUGGGAUCUACCCGCGAUUUUGGUUUGCGAGAAUAACCAUUAUGGAAUGGGAACGGCUGAAUGGAGGGCGGCUAAGAGCCCAGCGUAUUACAAGCGUGGGGAUUAUGUUCCUGGGUUGAAGGUGGAUGGCAUGGAUGUGCUUGCUGUGAAACAAGCAUGCAACUUUGCCAAGGAGCAUGCAUUAAAGAAUGGACCCAUUAUUCUUGAAAUGGACACAUACAGA